UUUACAUUUUAACAUUUUGUUUUUGCUACAACAGCUGCAAAGUUGCUAUUUGCAAGUGUUUCAUACUGUAUUAAUUUUAUUUUUGCACUUCUGUAUAUAACACCCUCACCUUUUUUGAAUUUCUAGAGUUUGAAGAAGAUCGGAAAGUAGAAGGUGUGGAUUCUUUAGGCAAGGGUUCGGUUUCAGAGAGUCUCACUUUACUAGUCUGCUCCUAAGUUCACUUGCUAAACUUAGUAUGAAAUUCCUUCGUUAGAUGUUGGUACCUAAGAUUUUCUUAUACAAAAUGAAGAAAGUUAUCCCUAGUAGGUCUAAAAUAUUGAAAAAAAAAAACUUGUACAGGCUACCUUCAACAUACUGCUUUGACAUCAUAUUUUUUUGCCAGCCUCAUCCACACUUUACUUGGUUGCUUGUAAAGUCAUAAUUUCUGACUUUUUCUUAGGUUAUUAGCGUCUAUUUCAACAUUGUCAUGUAAGUGUGAAUUCUUGUUUCAUUUCCCUUGAUAAAUUAUAAGAGUACAUCUAUUAGAUUUCAGCAUAACAAUGGAUUCACCGAGGCUUUGAUUUUGUGGCCUGCUUUCUUCCUUUCCUAAGUAAGGAAAGCCGUUGAGCAUAAAUUUGGAAUUUACAUCAACAUAAAGCCAAAAUUUUAUUCCAAACUUAUCAGGAUUAUUAGCAAUUUAUUGAAGGAACCUACAUCUAACCUUAGUAGAAAAUAAAAAAAAAAAACAGUUUGUCUAUUGUAAUGUUUUCUUCUGGCUUGUAGCAAGAUAAGCAGUUCUGAAUUAUUUUUUCCAAAUGUCGGAUAUUAGUGCAAAUUUAUCUUGUUAGUCAUGAACUUCUCUGAUCUGUUAUCAAAUCGCAAAAACUUAGUUAUUUCUUUGAGUCUGUUACAGGCAUAACUUUCGAAAAAAAUGUAUUCACCAAAUAUUAUUACACAACUCAUUUACUUGAAUAUUUUUUGCAUUAUAAGCACUUCCAGCGUAGCAUAUAGCAAUAAAACUUACCACUUGUUCCAAAGUUAGUAUCCAGUUGUUGUGUCCUAGUUGCUUCUUCUAGAGUACAUUUUUGAAUGUCUCAAUAUGGAUCCAUCAAUCAGAAGCCUCGAUGAUUUUGAUAAAUUUCCUGUGAAAUUUCUUCAUGUAUAUGAGAUAGGUGCCUGCUUGCUCAGUUAUGAUAUUGUAGGGUACUCGGCGACCACUUUAAGUAGAUUCCAUUUGAAGUGUCCAUGACGUCGUGGUAGACCGUUGAUAGAAGUGAUAAGACCUCGAAGCUCAGAAUCUUUCGAAUUAUGACUCCUACCACGAGCACGGCUAUGACCACGGCCACGAGAUCUCGACCUGUCAACGUUUUAUAAGGUUGCAUGAGGUAUCUGGUCAUCCAGGUCACUUUCUUCUAUAGAAGAACUCGAACUGAUAACUGGUACCGCAUAAUCAUCAUCGCUAUCGCGUUCUGUACUUUCAGAGCCCUAAUCGGAUUCAUCUUAACGUAUAUUUUAUGUAUGUAUGUAUAUAUUACGUUAUAAAAUAUACUUUAUUUUGCAAGGUUGAAAGUAUUUCUUCAUUUGGAAGACUUCGAGACAUUUUCCACGAAUUACUUACAAUAAUUUGGAAAAAAUUCACAUGCAGUCAAAACUAUACUGACUCAUUUGACUAGCGAACUUCAACCAAUGGAUAAGCGUACAUUAUUUGUAUUCUACCUUCUUAUAUUACAAGUAAACGCUUAUCGAAUGUCUGCCUCCCGUCUUCGUUAGUAUAUAAAAAUUUUAAAUAAUAAACAAAAGGGUGAUGUAAGUUAUUUUCAUACAUAGUUUUAUUUAACUAGUAAUAUUAAUAAAUGUCACCAAGUCUCAGAACAUUAAGUCGAAUGGUUUUUGAGUUAUACAACAUUUAAAUUCAAAUUUUAAUCAAAUAACUGCACCCGUGUUUCUAGUGUUAAACAGCUCUAACAGAUAUAGGCUUUCAAUAGCAUGGAAUGGAACCCCGUGAUUGCAAUAUGUGAAUUAUGUGGACGCGUUGGUCGCCGUACUCAUUUUUACCAGCGCAAUAAUAAAUUCUGUUCAUUACGAUGUUCUAACAGUAGUGCUAGGCGUAGGCAUUGUAACUGGAGAUUCAAACUCAUGGAAGGCACGGAACACAUGGCGGGGAUGAUCCCAUUGGAGCCCUUACCACAGCUGCAGCAAUGGCAGACUACAUUAAAUGAUUUGCAGGCUGGUCCAAUAAAGCAGUCAGCAUCAUUGGUGGCAAAUAGUUAUGAAUGGAAAGAUGAACUGUUUGGCUGCGAUUUUUUAGCUGCUCCAGUCAGUUUGUUUAAACAUGCACCAUUACACGAAAUGUGGGACAAUACUUUUGAAGGCAUGAAAGUGGAAGUGAAGAACACUGAUUGUGAUAAUUCAUCUGAAAAGUUAAAUGAUUAUUUUUGGGUUGCCACUGUAUUAAAAGUAAAAGGCUAUAUGGGUUUAUUAAGAUAUGAAGGUUUUGGAAGUGAUGACUCAAAGGAUUUUUGGGUGAAUUUGUGUUGUUCUGAAGUCCAUCCAGUAGGUUGGUGCGCGACUAGAGGAAAACCGCUCAUACCCCCUCGUACUAUAGAGGACAAAUAUACUGAUUGGAAGAAAUUUUUAGUGAAGCAGCUUACUGGUGCUCGUACAUUACCAGCUAACUUCUAUAGUAAAUUAAAUGACAGCUUAAUAUCAAGAUUUUCUAUCGGCUCUAUCAUGGAGGUUGUGGACAAAAAUAGAAUUUCACAAGUAAAGGUGGCUAGUGUGUGUGAAAUUGUGGGGAAGAGGUUGCACGUGAAAUAUUAUGACAGUUCUCCGGAAGACAACGGAUUUUGGUGUCAUGAAGACUCGCCCCUUAUACACCCAGUGGGCUGGGCGUUUCGGAUCGGUCAUCCCUUGGACGCGCCACAGAGCUACUGUCAAAGGGUAGCGGCGGGACGAUUCAUACCAAGUGACUCCACUCCCGAUAUGUUUCAUAAAUAUCCUAGCAAUGAACCUCCAUUGUUUGCCAAGGGAAUGAAAUUGGAAGCAAUAGAUCCCCUUAACUUGUCAGCUAUUUGUUCAGCAACUGUAAUGCAGAUUUUAAAUGAGGGUUACAUGAUGAUCAGAAUAGAUUUCUAUCCAGCUGACGCAUCGGGUGCUGAUUGGUUCUGCUAUCAUCAGCGGUCGCCGUGUAUAUUUCCAGUUGGUUUUGCAUUAGCAAACAAUAUACCUCUAGUUCCUCCUGCUGGAUUUACACCUGAGGAGUUCAGUUGGGAGCAAUAUCUAUCGAUGACCGGUAGUCGCGCGGCCAGUCGGUCACUGUUUGCGGCGCGUGGUCACGUGGUCUCGCAUGGGUUCGUAGCAGGUAUGCGGCUCGAGUGCGCCGACCUUAUGGAUCCACGGUUAGUCUGCGUCGCCACUAUAGCGAGGGUGGUCGCCGACCUUCUCAAGGUACACUUCGACGGUUGGGGCACGGAGUACGACCAGUGGUUGUGGGCGCACAGCACAGACGUGUACCCGGUGGGAUGGUGUCGCGCCGUAGGGCAUCGCCUCGAGGGGCCGCUGCAGCCGCCGCCACGGCUGCAGAGGCUCGCCCGCAAGCCGCCGCCCAAGCAGCAGCGACGCCGUCGUCGUCCGCACGUCACAAAAAUAACCAGCCAACCACCAAACACAACAGAAGAAAGCUCUCAGAAUUCUGAUAUGGGCGAUACCAAAAGUCUUUCGCCUCCGACUAGUGUAUCGGAAGUGUCUGCUGACAAUGAGCCUAGGACGGAUACGGAAACCGCAACAAAUAAAAUGGAAGUAGACACAGAAACGAAGAAUGAUAUAGUGCCCACUCAGGAAGCCCCUGAAGAGCAUGUACCCGAUAUCAGCCAGGAUUUCUCGAAUCUUCCUGCAGACAUAUCACAAGAUUCAGGUCAACUCGUCGCCCAGCCUUCCCCUGAAGUGCCAUCGGAGAUUAACGAGAAGGUGAUACCUAGACUAGUCAACACCACUGUGCCCUUAGAUGUACUAAAUACAGUCGACCCAGAAAACUGGACAACCGCAGACGUAGCGAAAUUUCUCACCGUCAACGAUUGCCAACCAUACUGUGUUAAUUUUGGUCACAUAACAGGACCAAUGAUGUUACAGUUAUCAAAAGAUGAAAUCAUAGAGUUAUUGGAAAUGAAAGUAGGUCCAUCAUUAAAGAUUUUCGACUUAAUACAACAAUUGAAAUGCAAAAUAAAACAACCGCAAUGUAGAUUGUUAAGUAGCUUUAAGUAGUUUUUAAUAUAUUAGCUGCUUCGCUCUAUGUAUAUUAAAGGGCUCUUUUGAUAAAAUUGGCAAUGUUGCUAUCCUCUGUCAUUUUAAUGACUUUUCAUUAUCAAUUACCCAUAGGUACAAUACGUUGUCCUAUAUUGUAGCUUUCUAUAAAUAAAUUAUUUGGAAUCGAUUUCAUAAUUUCGAGUAUUGCUUCCUACAUACCUAUAUCUCCAAUGUAUAAGACAGUAUUUUAGAAUAAUACUAAAAUAGUGUGCAAUUUUUUAUAAGUGUAUUAUAAUUAAAAAGUACAAAACACAUUGCCAUUAAUAUUCAAAAGGGCUUCGUUCAUUUUGGAAGGUACGGAACUGAUUAUAUAAUUGUGGCCUUUAAUACUUCCAAAAUUGUUUGAUGUAUCUCGCAGUUUGUAUAUACAUGCAGCGAAGGAGAUACCAUUACAAACUAUCGUUUAUUUACUCCCACCUCAUUUUUAUAUAAUGUAAGUGGGCGAAUAUUCUUAACAUUUCAUUUACAAUAAUUUAAUGCGGUAAAUGUGAAGCAUAUUUGUUGUAUUCGCUUUUUAUUAUAUUAUUCAGAGUUUUUUUUUUUGUGAAGCCCUGUUUACGAAUUGACAACAAAUCAUGUUCUAAACAAUUGAAUCACCUAUAUCGAAAAUAAACUUUAAAUCACAAUUAAGUUUGCGCAGAGUCAACACGAGAAGGCUAUGUUAAGGCCCAUACUUGUACGGAUUAUGAUGGAUACAAAUGUACACUAACCGAUAGUUCAUUGUCCGCGCAGACUUUUAGCAAUUAUUUUUAUUAUAAAAAUACAAAUCUCAAUAGGAUAAUAGGAUUACUUUUAGUAUAAAAGUAGUAACAAUGUGGCAUCAGAAGUUAUCUAUUUAUGAAUAAAUAGUGUGUCGUUCAGUGAUAUGUGAUUUACAAUCAACAAAUUCCGUGUUAUUUAUUAGUAUAUUUUUUUUAAGCUUUGACUGUUUUCAUAGUAGUAAUGGAUCGAAUAAUUAAUUCUGGACAGCUAAUUACAUUUAGGUUUUUUAACUAAAUCAUCAAUAAAAAAAAAGAUCAUUAAUAUUUUUAAUUUUCAUCUCAACUACAUCACAAAUUGCUAGCAUUUGAUUAAAUUAUUUUUCAAGAUAUAAAUACUCUUGUACUAUUAUUAUUUUAUAAUAGAUAGGUACUGAAUAGAUUUCUAAGUCAUAAAAAAUAUAAGGGUUUAUUAAACUCUACAAGGAUACGCUUGAACUUGGAGCUUAGUUUUUUUAACAUUUCUUAUUUUUGGAAUGUAGAAAUGCAAUUGUGUUUAAUACUGUGUUGUACAUGAUGUACACACAAUUACACUCAAAUAAUAACAUCACGUAUGGGCAACUUAUGCGCUUUUGGCGGAAAUAUGGGCAACAUGUGACUGUUUCACUCUAAUGCAAGCUGUUCAGUGCAUGUUACCUUUGUCCGCAUAUCUUUAGUGUAAGAAAUUCAUCAAAUCCAUCUAAAUAAAUACGUACCUAUCUAGAAGUUUUACGUACAUUUUUAAUCCGUAUAUUUUCGGUGGAGAGCCUUGAUACAGUUUUGCUGUACGUAAGGUAUAUAAUUUAUUCAAGUGUGAUUUAGUAUAUAUAAUUGUACUCGACGUAAUAUUUAUUAAUUAGACUGAAAAAUCAGAUCAGUAGGUUUUUGCCUAAUAAUAGGAAGCUGCGUUUAUUUUACUAGUACUUUUUGACAUCAGUAUUUUCUAAGUUCGAAAACUUUUGAACAAUUUAGAUUCAUGAGUUUAUAUUAUAAUCUAGUGGGUCAAGCUUUGGGAUAGAUAAUUCUAUUAAUGGCUUUCUCUUAAUACUACUAAGUGAUGCAAAUUUAGUAGAUUUUGAUUUUAAAAUUUUAAAAUGUUUAAGCAAAAUGUUUUUAUACUUCAAAUUAAGACUUGUGGGGUUAAAAUAACUUUAUGCGAUUUUCGUAUACGCAAGCCGCUGCAACUAUUAGUACUGCUUUGGCAGUACAUGUACCAAUGAUUAGUUAGAGUCAUCAACAAAAGUAUCAGAUUAAAACUGAAGUCAGUAUUAAUAGUUGAAGGUAAAUUAUUAUUAGUGACUACUUUAACCCCUCCCCUUUUUGCUAAAUCACAAAAUAUUCGCGUCAAGUGUCGUUUAUCACCAAUAUAUCCAUUGUAUAUAUUAUUAUGUUGUUGUGAUCAAUAUUACUUAUAUACAAAAUUGCCUUAGUGAUUUAUAAUGAAUGGUCAUCACAUUAUUGUGUGUAAUAGAAUUGGAAUGUUCUGGUACAGUGCAUUGAAUAGAAAUAAAUUAUUUCAGCAAUUUCA